UUUAUUAUUCUAGCAUCACGGCAGCAGGUUUCUGCUCAGUUUGGAGUUACUCGUGUCACCACAACUGUAUGCCUGCUUAAGGUGGUUUAAAACAGGGGCUCAGCAGCACAAGGAGUCUGCAUGUCUGUUUAGACAUGCUCAGCUUUGUGGAUACCCGGAUUCUGUUGCUGCUUGCAGUAACUUCAUACCUAGCAACAUGUCAAUAUCAGGGGAGAGUCAAGGGUCCCAGAGGAGACAAAGGGCCUCGAGGUGACAGGGGUCCUAAGGGCCCAGAUGGCAAAGAUGGCAAACCCGGACUCCCUGGCCCCCCUGGCCCACCUGGUCCCCCUGGACUUGGAGGAAACUUUGCUGCUCAGUAUGAUGGGGCAAAAGGCCCUGACGCCGGUCCUGGACCUAUGGGUUUGAUGGGAUCUAGAGGCCCUUCUGGACCUCCUGGACCCCCUGGACCUCAAGGACACACAGGACAUGCUGGUGAGCCCGGAGAGCCUGGUCAGACUGGCCCCGUUGGAGCUCGCGGCCCCCCUGGACCUCCUGGCAAAGCUGGCGAGGACGGUAACAAUGGCAGACCUGGCAAGCCUGGAGACAGAGGUGCCCCUGGACCUCAGGGUGCUCGUGGAUUCCCCGGAACCCCUGGACUUCCAGGAAUGAAGGGACACAGAGGUUACACCGGUCUUGACGGACGCAAGGGAGAGCCUGGUGCCGCUGGACUUAAGGGUGAGGAUGGUGCCCGUGGAUCUAACGGAAGCCCCGGACUGGCUGGAUCUCGCGGCCUAGCUGGAGAGAGAGGUCGUCCCGGCCCUGCUGGCCCAGCUGGUGCUCGUGGUGCUGAUGGCAAUGUUGGACCCGCUGGACCCGCCGGACCCGUCGGUGCUGCUGGUCCCCCAGGUUUCCCCGGUGGCCCCGGCCCCAAGGGAGAGAUUGGACCUGCUGGAUCUACUGGCCCAAGUGGACCCCAAGGAUCCAGAGGAGAGCCUGGUCCCAAUGGUGCUGUUGGCCCCGUUGGACCUGCUGGUAACCCUGGUAACAAUGGCCUGAACGGAGCCAAGGGAGCUGCUGGUACUCCUGGUGUUGCUGGAGCUCCUGGAUUCCCCGGACCAAGAGGAGGCGUUGGACCCCAGGGCCCUCAGGGUGCAGCUGGACCUAGAGGCCUGGCUGGAGAUCCUGGUGCUCAGGGUAUCAAGGGAGAUGGUGGUCCCAAAGGAGAGCCUGGUAACGCUGGACCUCAGGGACCCCCUGGACCUUCUGGUGAGGAGGGCAAGAGAGGACCUACUGGUGAGAUUGGUGCCAGUGGCCCUGCUGGUGCCCGUGGAGCUAGAGGCGCUGCUGGAGGCCGUGGUAUGCCUGGUCCUGAUGGAAGAAGUGGACCCCUGGGUAUGCCUGGUGCUCGCGGUGCCACUGGAUCUGCUGGACCUCGUGGACCCCCUGGAGAUGCUGGUCGUGCUGGUGAGCCUGGCCCAGCUGGUCUCAGGGGUCUCCCAGGAAGCCCCGGAAGCUCUGGACCCCCAGGAAAGGAGGGACCCGCUGGUGCUGCCGGUCAAGAUGGCCGUGUCGGACCCCCUGGCCCAACUGGACCCAGAGGUCAGCCAGGAAACAUUGGAUUCCCCGGACCCAAGGGAACAGCUGGUGAGCCUGGCAAGCCUGGCGAGAAAGGAGCUACUGGACCCACUGGUCUGAGAGGAGCCCCAGGAUCUGACGGAAACAAUGGAGCCACUGGAGCCAUGGGACUAAGUGGUGGUGCUGGUGAGAAGGGAGAACAGGGACCCGCUGGAGCUCCUGGCUUCCAGGGUCUGCCUGGCCCCGCUGGACCUGGUGGUGAGGCUGGCAAGCCUGGAGACAGAGGAAUCCCAGGAGACCAGGGAGCUGCUGGACCUGCUGGUGCAAAGGGAGACCGCGGUAACCCCGGUGCUGCUGGUGCUACUGGAAGUCAGGGACCAAUGGGAGUCCGUGGACCUUCUGGACCCCCAGGACCUGAUGGUGGCAAGGGAGAGAAUGGUCCUGUUGGUGCUGCUGGUGCCCCCGGACACCAGGGACCUGGUGGUAUGCCUGGUGAGCGUGGUGCCGCUGGUACUCCUGGAGGCAAGGGAGAGAAGGGAGAGCUUGGACACAAAGGCCCUGAUGGCAACCCUGGCAGAGAUGGAGCCCGUGGUCUGCCUGGACCUGCUGGUCCUCCUGGACCCACUGGAGCCAAUGGUGACAAGGGUGAGGCUGGUUCCUUCGGACCUGCUGGUCCCGCUGGAGCUCGUGGAGCCCCUGGUGAGCGCGGAGAGGUUGGACCCGCUGGAUCUUCUGGAUUCGCUGGACCUCCUGGUGCUGAUGGUCAGGCUGGAGCAAGAGGAGAGCGUGGACCUGCUGGUGGCAAGGGAGAAGCUGGCCCCUCUGGCCCUGCUGGACCUGCUGGACAGUCUGGACCUGCUGGUCCUUCUGGCCCUGCUGGACCUACUGGUGCCCGUGGAGACACUGGCCCCGCUGGUCUGACUGGUUUCCCUGGUGCUGCUGGCAGAGUUGGCCCUGCUGGUCCCGCUGGUAUUGUUGGACCUCCAGGUGCUUCUGGUCCCGCUGGUAAGGAUGGUCCUCGUGGUGCCCGUGGUGACUCUGGUCCCGCUGGUCCUCCUGGAGAGCAGGGUAUGGUUGGACCUCCUGGUGCUUCUGGAGAUAAGGGUCCAUCUGGAGAGAGCGGUCCCGCUGGUCCUCCUGGUGCUCCUGGUGCCAGUGGUCCUCUUGGUCUUCAAGGAUUCGUUGGUCUGCCUGGUACUAGGGGAGAUCGUGGUCUGCCUGGUGGUGCUGGUGCUGUGGGAGAGCCUGGAAGACUUGGACCUGCUGGUGCUCCUGGAGCCCGUGGUCCUCCUGGAAACAUUGGUCUGCCUGGUAUGACCGGACCUCAGGGAGAGGCUGGACGUGAGGGAAGCCCUGGUAAUGAUGGACCUCCUGGCCGUCCUGGUAUUCCUGGAUUCAAGGGAGCCCGUGGUGAGCCCGAAUCUGCUGGUGCCAUGGGACUUGCUGGAGCCCCUGGAGCCGCUGGACCCUCUGGACCCGCUGGUAGACCUGGAAACCGUGGCGAGGCUGGCCCAUCUGGUUCCGUUGGAGCUGUUGGACCCGCUGGCUCCAGAGGUGCCCCUGGACCCGCUGGAGCCCGUGGUGAGAAGGGAGUUGCUGGAGAGAGAGGAGAGAGAGGCAUGAAGGGUCUGCGUGGACAUCCUGGUCUCCAGGGAAUGCCUGGACCUUCUGGACCUUCUGGUGACACUGGAGCUGCUGGACCUUCCGGAGCUUCUGGACCCCGAGGACCUGCUGGACCCCACGGACCUCCUGGUAAGGAUGGAAGAUCUGGCUCCCAUGGAACCAUUGGUGCCCCUGGUGCUCGUGGACCUCCCGGAUAUGUUGGACCUGCUGGUCCCGCUGGUGCUCCCGGUCUGCCUGGACCCCCUGGCCCCUCUGGUGGCGGAUAUGAUGUCUCUGGCUAUGAUGAGUACAGAGCCGAUCAGCCUGCCCUGAGAGCCAAGGACUACGAGGUUGAUGCCACCAUCAAGUCCCUCAACACUCAGAUCGAUAACCUGCUCACCCCUGAGGGAUCCAGAAAGAACCCAGCCCGUACCUGCCGUGACAUCAAGCUCAGCCACCCUGACUGGAGCAGUGGUUUCUACUACAUUGACCCCAACCAGGGCUGCAUCAAUGACGCUAUCAAAGUUUUCUGCAACUUCGACACCCGCGAGACCUGCAUCCAUGCCCACCCUGAGAGCAUUGCCCGCAAGAACUGGUUCAGAAGCUCUGAGGGCAAGAAACACGUCUGGUUCGGCGAGACCAUCAACGGCGGUACCGAGUUCACCUACAACGACGAGACCCUCAGCCCACAGAGCAUGGCUACUCAGCUGGCUUUCAUGCGCCUGCUGUCCAACCAGGCCAGCCAGAACAUCACCUACCACUGCAAGAACAGCGUUGCCUACAUGGAAGAUGAGAGCGGUAACCUGAAGAAGGCUGUGGUGCUCCAGGGCUCCAAUGAUGUGGAGCUGAGGGCCGAGGGCAACAGCCGCUUCACCUUCACCGUGCUGGAGGACGGCUGCACUAGACACACUGGUGAAUGGAGCAAGACAGUCAUUGAGUACAGAACAAAUAAACCAUCUCGCCUGCCCAUCCUCGACAUUGCACCUUUGGACAUUGGUGGCGCUGAACAGGAGUUUGGUUUGGACAUUGGCCCAGUCUGUUUCAAAUAAAUAGACUCAUGAUAAAUUAACACCCCAAAGAGAGAAAGAACGAAAAAAAAACAAAAUCUCUGCCCUUCUUUCUGUGUUGUUUUUUUUAUACUGAAUGCUGAUUUCUCCCUGCACAUCCACUUGCUUAAGAUGGGCAACUAUCAGAGAGGACUAAACGGACUGAACGGAGCGUUUGUGCAAUGCAAAUUAAUACAGCAGCCCAAAGGGACGCGGGAAAACACCUUGUUGUGGGACAUCAUGUCAUCCUUUUGUAAAAAAUAAAAGAAGUGUAAUAAAAACGCUGAAAGUAUGCAUCACUUUGUGGUCUUUGUAUAUCUUCCAAAGAGGAGGUUUAAAACCACAAUUUCCAUGAAAAAAGGUUUAAACUACCUCAUGCCUGUACCGAAAGAAAAUACUAUUGACAAAACUUGGGUCCACAACUGAGAUGUUAAGACUUCAAAUGCUUCAAGCUAUGUCCCAUUCUGGAAGGUGCUCAGUUACUUGAAGCAGAGAUCUUUGGUGCUAACAUGCAGCUUUGGAGCGAAACCACUUUUUACUGUAUUACUUUGUAUUGACGUCUGUGGAGUCUCUCAUUGGUCCCCUGAUACUCCCCCACUUUAAGCAGGUGGAAUUUUCCUAAAUCUAAUGUCUGGUUUUUGUUUUGGUCUCUUUUUUGUUUUGUUUAGACUCUAUUUGUCCAGGCUUUUAAACUCUUCAAAUCCCACAGCCAGUGUUCAUACUGACAGCACACACUUCAUCCAAUUCUGAAAAAAGGUUUUUAGUCGGCCUCUCUCUUUCUCUCUUUCUCCCAAAACGUGACACCACAAAGUCUAUUGUACCUAUUUUGUAUAUGUGAGAUGUUUAAAUAAAUUGUGAAAAGUUCUGAAAUAAAGCAUGUCCAAUGUUCCAAAACAUACAACCCGGUGACUUUAGUGCUUUCAUGUUCAAAAGACACCGUCAAGGGUGUGUCACUGCAUUUUGGUUCUAGUUUGGCUGAUGAUUGAUGAUGUGGUCAUUGACUUCAACAUCCUCCAAAUGUAGAAAGCACAACCUUAUCUCGAUUUAUCCCCUCCCACUCCCCCCUUUAUCUUGCCUUUCAACAGUACAUCUAAUUUUAAUGUACAGUACAUUUCUGUUUACACUGUCCAUGCCAAUGUGUGAUUACUAACGUGCAUUGUUUCUUGUAAAUAUGCAUCCUCUCAUGUUGCUUUUUUUUCUUGCAUAAAACAGCUUUUGCAUCCAAA